AUGCAUUUCCAGGGACAGGAUGGCGCCAAGAAUCUUCCAGCAGCGAGUUGGGAGAAGGUUGGCUCAUUGUGUCCAAGCGUGCAGGAGGCAUUGGACAGGUUCUAUUCAUCAAGUGGCUUCAUACCUGAGCACGAGAUCAAGAGGAUGCGGGUAUGCUUCCAGAGGUUCUCAUCUGAGGAUAACGAUCUUUACCGUGGACAAGUGCACGAGGUGCUCACUCAUCUUUCUUACAUUCCUGUCUCUGAAGACAAGGCCACAGCCAUUGCCAAAGACACCAAUGAGUUCUCAACGUUGGAUUUCCAAGACUUCUGCGACUUUGUUGAGCGUUACAUGCAGUACGAGCGUGAGGUCGUGCGCGUCAAGCUGGAGGAGUGGACAGCGCGGGAAAAGGAUGAGGACGAAGCCGAUGCCGUCUCUGAAGUACGUGGGUUCCUGAAGUCCCUGGGCAUCAUUUGUCUGAAGGAUACCGCCGAAGAGAUCAUCGAGCUUGGCGGGAUGAGCGAUUACACUUGCUCGCGCCCCGAGGAGCUGCUGCGGUGUCUGGCAGCGUACCGAGCACGAGAAGGCUUCAAGAAAGCUGAGAUUGAGCGUAUCCAGCAGAUAUUUGGUUCCUUGGAGGCAGAACCGCAACCCAAAACCGCAGCUGAAAUGAGAUCGGAAAAGCACAUCAAGGCUGAGCAGCUUUGCAUAGGUCUCCUCAAGUUUGCUGGACUGUACUGUGCUGAACAUCUUCGAGAUCUUCUGGACAAGCUGGAGGAUACGAUUGAGGGCGAAAAAGUGACUCCGUUUCCGUUCUACGAGUUUCUGGUGUGCACGCGGCGCCUUCGUGAUGCCCAGCUUGUCGCAGCCUCGGAAGAGUUUGACAACCUGGAUGCGGACGAGGACGGGAUCAUGGAAGCUGAGGAACUUCGCGAGUUCUGCAAGCCACUGGGUUUCACGCUAUCGGCUAUGGAAUGGGAAGAGCUGGCCGAGGAGCAAAACCUAGCAGACCAGGACGUGGAGUUUCAGGAUGCUUGGACCUUCCUCCAUGCUGUGCAAUCAAAGAAUGGCUUCACCUAUGAUGAGCAGCAGGAGCUCAGCGAAGCUUUCGACCGUUUCUCUGAUGCUUCAGGUGAGUUGGAGAAUCUCAAAGUCAAAGACUUGCUGACCUACCUUGGCUUCGAGACGAGUGUGGAUGAUGUGCAAGACAUGGUAAGCAGAGUGGAUUUCAACGGCAGCAAGACCAUGGACAGGAAUGAGUUCUUGCGGCUUAUGCGACUCCAAAGGGAGAUCACCAUAACCUCCUACACAGCUGCAUACUCUCGAAAUCGCCUCUUUGCCCGGGGAGGGGCACCUCCUGAGGAAAUUGUGCGUGUUCUGGCUGCUGCCAAACUGCAUCCCAAUGUCCAUAUUCUCAACCAAGCCCUGUCACUGGUUGAGGAGACAGGCGAGUACGACCGCAGCUCUACGCAGUCCCUCCAAUUUGAGGGUUUCCUUAAAGUGGCAGACCAUUGUCGAAAGACAAUACCCAUUUACAACAGGAGACAUGCUCACUUCCAAUUGGAUCAGAUCGAUGACCUGCGCAAGUCCUUCGACUCGCAGGAUGUGGAACGUAAGGGCCACAUCUCCAUUGGAAGCUUCUUGUUGCUCUUGGCUGACACGUCCUUGGCCGUGAACACGGUAGCUGGCCGAGCUCGAAUGUAUGAGCAGCUCGAGAGGGCGCGAGAGGCUGCGCUGGGAGCUGGCGUCAGCAAGGACGAGGUUGGAUCUCCCAACACCCCGCGUGUACGCUUCCUGCCCAUGGACUUUGCCUUAUGA